UGAUUAGAUGGCUAAUGCCAUUACGUGCAAAUGCUGAGUAAAAUUUCUGCUCGAACCCCCCACAAGCGAUUGUGUCUGUACUGGUGUUUACAUGUGCUUUAGAGUAACUAGCUCCUUACUGAAAAAGAGUAUGCUGCUUUACUACGUACCGCAGAUGGUUUCACCAAGAGGUUUAGAGAGAAAUGAUCACACAGAACACUCCAGGUCUGAACCUGUAGCACAGCAGCAGAUAAUGGAAAACCCUGAUCAUCUGAUUCGGCCCAAGAAACCGUCGAACCCUGUUCUAGAGUCACCGAGCCACCGAGUGCUGCACCGGGAACUUCGUGUCAGCCACAGAUGGGGUCUGCUACCUGCUGAGAAGUGUGAGCUACAGAGGGUGAUGGAGCACAGAAGGGUGGAACAGCAGAGGGAGAGAGAAGAGGCUCUGAGACCCCUCACCGAUCUGGAGCAGGAACUGAGCAAAAGACGGCAGAGAUUACUUGCGUAUGAACUGGAGGAACAGAAGAGACAAGAGGAUCUGAAGAACGUACCAGAAUUUGUGCGUGUGAAGGACAACCUGAGACGUGUCCGCGCGUCCUGAAGGAAUCCCAAUCAUUUGGAUUUUGUUUGCAAAUUAAUUGUAGAACUAAUUAAAGGAAAGUUUUUUUGUAAUGCUCCUUAAUAGCCUCAAGUGAGUUGGAAUUUCAUUAGAAUUUUAUUAUAAAACAAAUUACAUGAUCAGAUGCACUGCGUAACAAAAAACGCUUGGUAUCACGAUGGAGGUAUAAUCUGUGGCUCAGUAACAAUUGAGAGUGUUAUUAAUACAGCACACUGACAUAAAAAAAAUCUCAGACAGGCAGAAAGAAAACAUCUCAUGUACACAACAUUGCCUGCUACAGUUUUUCAUAAACAGAGCUUGUUGAAUUAGAUAUAACGUUAUUGAAUUGAGCAAUGGGUCUGUUUGUUAGUGUCAGAGAAAAAAAAUUUAAACGAUGAAGAGUUGGAGGAAGGGAAAGAAGGUAUACAGCAGCUAAAAUAAGCAAAUAGACAAAUCCAUUUCUGUUUUUCUGGGCAUUCUGACAGCUCCUUUGUUCCAGUUCAGUUUUGCAUGAACGUCUUGCACAUGGCAUUGGCACAAUCCAAAUAAAUAAUCAUUAAUAUUAAAUAAACGUAGUUUAAAUUGUAACCGUGAUCCACAA